UCUCUAGUGACUUUUCCACCCAAAGAAACAAACCAAUUCAGCAUUUAAAUAUUGACAUUUGAUCACCAAAACUCAUCACAAUAUCUUAAAACAAUGGCACAGAGAAGCAUUGAGAUGCUGCUAAGCAUGUUAUUUGUUAUGGUGGCUCUUAGGGGUGUCACAGUGGCACAAACCGACUCAAAUUGCGCCAAUGUGCUCAUAAGUCUUUCUCCGUGCCUUGACUACAUCACAGGACAGACCUCCACCCCUUCCUCUGGUUGCUGCUCGCAACUUGCCUCCGUGGUGGGGUCACAGCCACAAUGUCUAUGUGAGGUUGUUGAUGGCGGUGCUUCAUCUAUUGCUGCUAGUCUUAACAUCAAUCAGACUCGUGCUUUGGCGCUCCCCAUGGCUUGCAAUAUCCAAACACCUCCUAUCAAUACCUGCCCUGGCUCAACUACUUCGUCUUCUCUUCCAGCUCCGGCAGGUGUUUCUAUUUCCAACAUUCCAAAUUCUCCUUCAGGGUAUUUUACAUCAACAACCGGAAGCAGUGGAAGUAUCCGUGGCUCAACCUCAUCUUAUAGAACAUCAAGUUCUGUGAAAUUACAAUGUUCUUUGCUUGUUCUGGUUAUCAUUGCAAAUUUGACAUUCACUUUCAUGACCAUGACUUAGGCUACAUUCUGCAUAUUUUUGUAUUGUCUAAAUUCUACUACUGAUUUUUAGCACACUCUCUUUUUUCCCCUCUUACACCUUAACCAAGUUAGGGAAUAAAAGUCACAGUAAACUAACUAUAUUACCAAUGUGAGUUUUGUAAUUGAAAUCACAAAACACGUUUGAUUGCAGUACAUUUGAUAGUAUGUUAUCCAGUAAGAUGUAAAAUGAUUCAUAACGUGAAAGAUAUACUUGUUCGUAAAA